AUGGCCGCCCAAAUAAAGACCAUCCUCAUCCUCGGAGCCACCAGCGGCAUCAGCGAAGCCUUCGCUCAGCGCUUGCACGGCCUAGGCAAGAAAGUCAUCAUCACUGGCCGCCGUCAGAACAAGAUCGAGGAGAUCAAGCAGAAGCUGCCAGGUGUUGAGGGCUAUGUCAUGGACAACACCAAGAUCAACGAAAUCCCCAGCCACGUCGAGAAGCUCUUCUCCCAGUACCCAGACAUCGACACCGUCUGGAUCAACGGAGGCAUCCAGCGUCACGGCAACAUCACCAAACUCCAAGCCAACGCCGACCAGGAGGCGCUCGACGAGAUCUCCGUCAACCUUACCGGACCGAUCAUCCUUGCUCAGCACAUCAUCCCACGUCUCCUCAAGAAGGGUACUGAGGCCAACUUCAUGGUCACCAGCUCUGGCAUCGCCUUCGUGCCCAUCCCACUCUGCCCCAUCUACGGUGCUACCAAGGCUGGCAUGUACCACUACCUCGUCGGCCUCCGACAACAGCUCCAAGGCACAAAAGUCAACAUUCUUGAGCUCGUCCCGCCAUACGUUGCCACCGAUCUCGUUUUUCAUGACAGUCACCCAGCUUUGGCGGCCCUCACACCCAUGCCGUUGGAGGAGUACACACGCCAGUCCCUCGAACUAUUGGAGAAGAGCAAUGCAAGCGAGCUCAAGGAGUUGACGGUGGAGGCUGCUGGUAAGGCUGCCGGUAGUGCCCCACGUGUCGCUGUGUGGAGGAACGGACCGGGCAAGAUUUCGGAGGCAAUGCCAUUUGGCGGUUGA